CUAUAAAAUAUUUUGCUAUCAUCAUGUGUAAUUCAGCUUGCAGCUGUUCCAUAACUUAUUAAAUCAAUUCAGUGGAAAGUGUUGAGAUUUUGAAAUGACCAAAUUACCAAGUUUUCCCUGCAGUGAUGGCAUAGGACUUACUUUAUUUUUAUUUACAAAGUCAGUACAUGUACAUAUUUUUCUGCAAGACCUAUCAAUUCUUCUGCUCCAAAUAAUUUAAUGUUUAAAAUUUCAAGUUUUUGUGAAUCAUUAGUAACAUUGUGGGCAUACUAAAAAUUGAAGGCUGUGUAAACUAAAGAAUUUAAUCCAGACAUGCUGCAGAAGUUAUUUAGGUUUCUUUGUCUUAGUUCUAACUCACACAGAGAGCAUUUUUACUUUACCACCAGCUGUGAUAUGAUACAUUUCUUUCUAAAUCAAUUUUAAAACCAUUUCAUUAAGAUUUAUACUAGAAAUGAAAAUUAUAGUUGAAAUAUUUAGAACCAUGGAAUCUUUGAGUUAGAAUAAAAUAAGUGAGUUGUGGUGGAGAUGUGUGGUGCUUUCCCAUACCAGUAUUAUACUACUUCCUUGGAUGUCAGGAACAGAACACUUCCCAGCCCCGUUGUAGUUAAGUGGUGCCACAUGAAUCAUUUAGGAGGGUGGGCAGAAGAGACUGUCACGGAGGGUAGGUGUUGAGAUGGCCAAGACACUUGGGGAAGGAAGCAAGGCACAAGGUGGAAAUAGCGUGAAUCUCUUGAGUCACUACAUGGAGGGCAGAUAGUGUGUAUUUUAGGAUUUGCAGGCUACAUACCGUUGCUGUCACGCAUUCUUUUUGGUUGUUUUAUGUAGUUUUCAUAAAUCUUGAAAAAUGAAGAAGCCACUUUGGGUCAAAGGACAUACAAAAUGGGCAGCGGGCCCCAACAUCUGUUGUAGAGAGUCACCUAACUGGUAUGAAAUGGGUACUGCAAGUGAAACAGAAGUUUUUGUUAAUCCUAUGAGUUAUAGGUGUUAAUUGUUACAGCAUAGCCUGACUAAUACACAAGCGAUCUUCUCAGGUGAUCACCCCCCACCAGAUUAUUGAAGAAUGCUUCUGAUAUCAGGAAUCUCCGUACUUUAUACACUGUGAAAUGGCCUGUUCCAUUACAGGACAACUGUAGAUGUAAGAAAUUUUUCUCUUUUGUAAGCCAAAUCCUUGAUUCCAUUUAUCUUUUGGUUCUACUUCUGCCUCUAGAUAAAGUUUGCUUUAAAGUUGUUUAGGGUGCCUGGGUGGCUCAGUCCGUUAAGCAUCCAACUCUUGGUUUCAGCUCAGGUCGUGAUCUCAUGGUUUCAUGAAUUUGAGCCCUGCGUUGGGCUCAGCACUGACAACAGGAGCCUGCUUGGGAUUCUCUCUCCCUCACUGCCCUUCCCCUACUCAUGCUGUCUCUGUCUCUGUCAAAAAUAAGUAAAUAAACUUUAAAAAAAAAAAAAAAAGGAAGAAAAAAUCAGUUGCUUAAGUGGUAAGAUGAUUAGAUUCAGUUCAUGAGAAAAAACUGUCAACUUUGUAUAAAACAGUAAAGUGAUAAUUGAUAAAUUAAUCCACUUGUAGCCAUUGCUUUUGUUUAGUGCAGAUAUCUUUCUAGUAUUGACAACCAUUGUGGACACAUCUAUUCAGUUAAAGGUAACCAAGUUCUAAAAGAAAAAUUGACAAAGUUAGUUUAGAAGAAUGGUCACCAGGAUGGCUAGACCAAAAGUCUAGAAACCAUAUCAGAGAAAAUGAUUAAAGAAAUUGAGGAUAUUUCAUUUUAAAGAGGAAUGGGCCAUCAGACAUCAUAUGGUAAAAUGUUUAUAAUGAAAUUCGUCUUUUAUCAGUUUUAUUUCUUUAUCUUCACAGAGGAUGCCUAGUGGCUGUUUGUGGAAAUAAGGCAUCCAGGGUUUGGGAGAGUCUGAAAUAACAGAUUUUUAAGGCCACUGAAAGGUAUGAUAUAUUUGAUUCACGACAGUCCAUUUCAGCCCAGGAAUCUACAGUGGUGACAAGGACAUGGGACUCCUCCUGCCAGAUUCCAGAUGGUUCAAUACACUUGACAUCCUGGCUGACAACUGUGAAAAAGAACCUUGGAUUACUUUAUUUUAUUUUUGUGGGAAACCACAAUCCCAAUUCCAUAGGACACAUCAGGCUUCAAGUUCCCUGUAGAAUUCUAAAAUAACCUUUGCUGAUGAGGAUGUCUGAUACUGUUACUGUAAAAAAUGAAACUGAAACAAUGAAGGAUUUGGAGGCAGAAGUGAAAGAUAAAACCAGAGUUGAAAAUCUUAUCAAAUCAGAAAACUAUGGGAAGAUUUUGGCAGAGAAGAAUGAACGUUGUAUUGACAACAAUAUUGAUUUGCAGCGGCCAUUGCAAUCCUUUGGACAGACAGGAAAAAGGUCUAAGUCGAGCUCAAAGUUAAAGCUAGUUCGGAGCCUUGCAGUGUGUGAAGAAUCUCCACCACCCCCUACAGCAGAGAUAUCACAGGAGAACCAGGAGAAAAUUCAGAUCCAGUUAACGCAAUCAUUUGAAAAAGAGGAGAAGCCCUCAAAAGAUGAAGCAGAAAAAGAAAAAGCCAGUGAUAAGUUACCCAGAAAAAUGUUAUCAAGAGAUUCCAGUCAAGAAUACACUGAUUCAACUGGCAUAGAUCUACAUGAAUUUUUAGUAAAUACAUUAAAAAACAAUCCCAGGGACAGAAUGAUGCUGUUGAAAUUGGAACAAGAAAUUUUAGAUUUCAUUGGUAAUAAUGAGUCUCCACGUAAAAAAUUUCCCCCAAUGACAUCUUACCAUAGGAUGCUAUUACACAGAGUAGCUGCUUACUUUGGAUUAGACCACAAUGUUGAUCAGAGCGGGAAGUCUGUCAUAGUAAACAAAACUAGCAAUACAAGAAUACCUGAUCAGAAAUUCAAUGAACAUAUUAAGGAUGAUAAAGGUGAAGACUUUCAGAAACGAUAUAUCCUCAAGAGAGACAACUCCAGCUUUGACAAAGAUGAUAACCAGAUGAGAAUACGUUUGAAAGAUGACAGAAGGAGCAAAUCUAUAGAAGAAAGAGAAGAGGAGUACCAGAGAGCCAGAGACCGAAUAUUUUCCCAAGAUUCCCUGUGUUCCCAAGAGAAUUAUAUUAUUGACAAAAGAAUUCAAGACGAGGAUGCCAGUAGUACCCAGCAGAGGCGUCAGAUAUUUAGAGUUAAUAAAGAUGCUUCAGGGAGAUCAACAAAUAGCCAUCAAAGCAGCACUGAGAAUGAACUGAAGUAUUCUGAACCACGACCCUGGAGCAGUACAGAUUCAGACAGUUCCCUCCGAAACUUCAAGCCUGCUGUUACCAAAGCCAGCAGCUUCAGUGGAAUCUCGGUCCUGACAAGAGGUGAUAGUUCUGGGAGCAGCAAAAGCAUAGGCAGGCUUUCAAAAACAGGUUCUGAGUCUUCUGGUAGUGUAGGGUCAUCUACGGGCUCUCUUUCUCACAUCCAGCAGCCUCUUCCAGGUACAGCUCUCAGCCAGUCUUCUCAUGGCGCACCUGUCGUCUAUCCAACUGUCAGCACUCAUAGCUCUCUUUCCUUUGAUGGUGGCCUAAAUGGGCAAGUUGCAUCUCCUAGCACUAGCUUCUUUUUGCUUCCCUUGGAAGCGGCAGGCAUACCACCUGGCAGUAUUCUGAUCAACCCACAAACAGGUCAGCCCUUCAUAAACCCAGAUGGAAGUCCAGUUGUGUAUAAUCCUCCUAUGACUCAACAACCUGUUAGAACCCAAGUGCCUGGACCUCCACAGCCACCUCUGCCACCCCCACCACCUCAACAACAAGCAGCUAAUCACAUUUUCUCACAGCCUGUUCGUCCUCUGCAGUCCUCUUCACAGCCUGUUCAGUACUCUACAGCCCCUUACCCAUCCCCGCUCCUGCCAGUCUCACCCACCCAGCAAUACUCCGUGCAGGACAACCUUGGGUCUCAGUUUAGCCACAUGAGUCUUGCCCGCCAGCCAUCUGCAGAUGGUUCUGACCCUCAUGCCACCAUGUUCCAGUCCACUGUUGUUCUUCAGUCCCCACAGCAGUCUGGUUAUAUCAUGACGGCAGCCCCUCCACCACCACCGCCACCACCACCUCCUCCCCCUCCUCUGCCACCUGGGCAGCCAGUCCCUUCUGCUGGCUAUGCUGCCUCUGGCCAUCCUGUCAGCCAGCCUGUGCUUCAGCAGCAGGGAUAUAUUCAGCAGCCCUCACCACAGAUGCCAGCCUGUUACUGUGCUCCAGGCCACUAUCACUCUGGUCAACCUCAGUAUCGCCCAAUCCCUUCUGUCCAUUACAAUUCACAUCUAAACCAACCACUGCCACAGCCUGCACAGCAGACAGGUUAUCAAGUUAUACCCAACCACCAGCAAAACUACCAAGGACUAGUUGGAGUUCAGCAACCCCAGAGUCAGAAUCUAGUUGGUGGCCAGCCCAACAGCAUUGGAAAUCAGAUCCAAGGAGUAGUCAUCCCAUAUCCUUCAGUGCCAUCAUACCAGGUUUCACUGCCUCAAAGUUCUCAAGGAAUUGCCCAUCAGACUUAUCAGCAGCCUGUUAUGUUCCCUAAUCAGUCUAAUCAAGGAUCUAUGCCCACAACAGGAAUGCCAGUUUACUAUAGUGUCAUUCCUCCUGGUCAACAAAGUAAUUUAAGUUCAUCAGUAGGUUACUUGCAACAUCCAGGAUCAGAACAAGUACAGUUUCCUCGAACUACUUCACCAUGCAAUUCCCAGCAGCUUCAAAGCCACCAGUGUGCAGCUGUGCCACCUCCGCCCCCUGGUGGAGGAAUGGUGAUGAUGCAGCUCAAUGUACCAAGCAAUCCACAAUCUCGGGCCCACUCACCCCCACAGUGGAAACAAAACAAAUAUUACUGUGAUCACCAGAGAGGACAGAAGUGUGUGGAAUUUAGCAAUGUAGACAAUAUUGUUCAGCACAGCCCUCAACUCAGUAGUCCCAUUGUUUCACCAGCUCAGUCGCCAGCACCAGCGCAGCUGACCACCCUGAAAACUGUCCGUCCUUCUGGACCACCCCUUUCCAUCAUACCUCAGUUUUCUAGACCUUUUGUUCCAGGGCAAGGAGAUGCCAGAUACCCAUUACUUGGCCAGCCUCUGCAGUACAACCCUCCUGCUGUUCUGCACGGACACAUUCCAACCCAACAGGGUCAGUCUGGCAACAGGCAUGGAAAUCGAGGAAGGAAACAAGCUAAAAAAGCUGCAUCCACUGACCUUGGUGCAGGAGAGCCAGUUGUUGGGAAGGUCUUGGAAAUUACUGAACUCCCUGAUGGAAUAACUCGCAUGGAAGCCGAGAAGCUUUUUGGGGAACUCUUUAAAAUUGGUGCCAAGAUCCGGUGGCUCCGAGACCCUCAAUCCCAGCCCCAGCUGCGUCGUCACCCCCUCUGCUGUGGCAGCGGGGACAACACUGUCAAUCCUGAACGCUCUAAACCCAGUGACUUGGCCUCCACUUACACCGUCUUAGCCACAUUCCCCUCCAUUUCAGCUGCACAGAAUGCAUUGAAGAAACAAAUUAACUCAGUUAACAAGUUUAAGCUGAGAACGAGCAAGAAGCACUAUGACUUCCACAUUCUGGAAAGGGCGAGUUCUCAGUAACAGCCACCUUGGACCCUUGGCCUUUAUGAUUCCCCUGUCCUCACCCAUCUUUAAUUGGCUUGGUUUUUGGAGCUUCUGUUAACAUGAUAGAGACUCCUAGGACGUGUGGUCAUGGCGUUAUAGCUUUUGAAGACAGGCCAGUGAUCCAGCAAAGGGGGGAAAUUACACAUUUCACUCCAAAUGACUGUAGGAAUCCACAUCGGAAUGAUCCAGAGUUAGCAGCUUUUUCCGAGGAAAUGCUGUUCAAAUGCCUCCUAACUUUUAUAGUUAUUUUGUUUUAUAUUUCUGAAUUCUUGUAUCAGAUCCAGAGCUCUAUUGUACAGCAAAUUAUUCUUCAAAAUGAUUACAACCAGUUGCAACCUGUAUUUCUUUUUUGCAGCCAGCACAAUGUGACCCAACAGAGAAUUUGGGGGAAAAAGAAUGCAGGAAUGGAAUAACCAAGUCAAAACCUUGUACUAUCUUCUUGGGGGGCUGGACGGUGACUAAGGAGAGCCCACAAAUAGACCAUUACUCUUUCCCUGUAUCUUUAAACACAGAAAUAAUUUCCAAAAAAUACAGAACUCCCUCAUAGGGUCCUUUCCUUAUUCAUUUAGGUAGUAUGAACAUUAAGUGUAAAGCAAAUUAUGUUCUUAACACUUCUUAAUCAAACCACUUAGAUUCAGGGGGGAAUAGGAAUCAUUUUAGGCAGGAAAAUACUUCCACUUUUUUUUUUUUAAGUGUCCCUCUGAUAACUAAAUGCCACUUACUUGCAUUCCCCUCGUGAAUAUUUUGUCACCUAAGGAAAUGCAUUUGAUGAGUGCUGGAAACUUCUUAAGUGGUUUAAAAUGUUUUCAUUGUUUGCAGCGGAUCACUGGACAUCAAAGAUUCAUUGCACUUAUGAACAAGGAACCUUUUUUUCAUUUUCUGUGUAAUUUGCAAGGCUGUACAAUGUGUGCUGAUGCAAGCCUUUUUCAGUUCAAGAGAAUAAAUGUUUACAAAUACAGA